AUGGGUAUCGGUAUUGCGUACGUCGCGGCUGUGAUUGCGCGUAUCGAAGAAAUCAUCCUCUUUGAUGUGAACGAAGAGCAGGUGCAGACGGCGCGUGACGAGCUCGAGCUCCAGAUCCGAAAGACGGCCAAGUACCGCCUGAUUGAGCCGCGCCUUGUCGAUCCGAUCCUCGCGAGCUUCCGCCUGGUGACCGACAUGAAGGACCUCGGAUCGGGCGACCGUGCGCCGCAGCUCGUCAUCGAGGCGGCCUCGGAGAAUAUCGACAUCAAGACCAAGAUCUUUGCGCAGCUCGCGCAGCAGCUGCCUCUUUCUACGGUCCUGGCAACAAAUACAUCGUCGCUGAGUGUGACGCGGCUGGCCAACGCCGCCUCGACCCCACAACUUUUCCCGAAAGAGGAAGAGGCGGCAGAGAGCGCAGGGCGCGUGAUUGGCGUGCACUUUUUCAACCCGGUGCAGAAGAUGCGCCUCGUCGAAAUUAUUCCAGGUCUGCAGACACGCGAGGAUGUGACAAAGCGCGCGACCGACUUUGCGCUCGCCUGCCGCAAAAAGACGGUGCGCUGCACCGACACGCCCGGCUUUAUCGUGAAUCGCAUCAACAUCAGUGCGCUGCGCGAGGCAAUCCGCAUGGCAGAGACCAAGGUCGCGACCUUUGAGGAUAUUGAUACGGCGAUGAUCUACGGCAUGCGCUCGCCCAUGGGGCCGCUGCGCCUCGCGGACUUUGUCGGACUGGAUAUCGUCUUGCAGGUCCUCAAUUCUAUUUACGAAGAUACAGGCGAGCCGCAGUUUGCGCCUCCGGUGCUGCUCCAGCGCAUGGUCCAGGCUGGCUGGCUCGGCGUCAAGUCCGGCAAGGGCUUUUACGACUACCAGGCGAAGGCCUAA